UCCACCCGGAGUUAUUAUGUCGACGGACACUAGUGCUUUUUCAAAGCUGUAAAUAAACAAAUCGGGUUAUAGCAGAGUUUUUUUGACGGAAUGGAGGAGAAACCUUUAAGAGUCCUUGUUUGCGGUGAUGUCGAAGGCAGAAUCAGUGCUUUGUUCAACCGGGUGAACACAAUCCAAAAAAAGAGCGGACAGUUCGAUCUGCUCUUAUGUGUUGGAGAUUUCUUUGGUAAGUCUCCUGAGGCUGAAGCUGAGUGGGAUGGAUACAAGUCUGGAGCUAAGAAAGCUCCUAUUCACACAUACAUUCUGGGAGCUGCGAGCCAGGAGACGGUGAAAUAUUUCCCCAGCUCUGAUGGAUGUGAACUGGCCGAAAACAUAAUCUGUUUAGGGCGAAGAGGUGUUUUCACAGGAGCGUCAGGCCUGCAGGUCGUGUACGUCAGUGGUAGAGAGGCUCGGCAGGAACCGGCGCCUGCGCACUGUUUCACCCCGAAAGAUCUCACAGCCCUCGUCACUCCCCUGGUGUCGAACUCUAAGUUUAAAGGGGUUGACAUCCUUCUGACCUCACAGUGGCCCCGGGGAGUGUGGCAGUAUGGGAACAACCCGGAAGUUGAUACAAAGUUUUGUGGCGUUUCCUCCAUUGGCAGUCUGGCUGAAAAGCUGAAGCCUCGCUACCACUUCGCUGGAUUGGAAGGAGUUUAUUAUGAACGACUGCCGUACAGAAACCAUAUGGUUCUUCAGGAGAAGGCACAGCAUGCCAGUAGAUUCAUUGCGCUAGCAACCGUUAACAACCCUGGGAAGAAAAAGUACUUGUACGCGUUCAAUAUUGUCCCGAUGAAAAGUAUAGACGCAGCAGCGCUGGUCAAACAGCCUGAGGAUGUCACUGAGAAUCCGUAUGGGAAACCAAUGAAGGAGGGUAAAAAGGAGAAGCCGUUUCCAUCUGCAGCUGCUGGAGAGGAGGAACCGGCUUCUCAGUUCUUCUUCGAUCUGGGCCAGAAGAAGCCGCAGCAUCAGCAGCAGCAGCGUCAGGAUGCAGGGAGGAGGAGGCCGUCAGAGGGAGACGGAUCCGUUCAGCCCAAACGCCCUCGCAGACCCCCUCAGCCUACCGGACCGUGCUGGUUCUGUUUAGCCAGUCCUGAGGUGGAGAAGCACCUGGUCAUCAGCAUCGGGACGCACUGUUACAUGGCGCUGGCUAAAGGCAGCCUCACCCCGGACCAUGUGCUGCUCCUGCCCAUUGGACAUUACCAGUCCGUGGUGGAGCUCCCGUCUGAGGCAGUGGACGAGCUGCAGAAGUAUAAAAGCGCCGUCAGGAAACUGUACAAGAGGCGCGGCCGACGCUGCAUCCUGUUUGAGAGGAAUUACCGCAGCCAGCAUCUUCAGCUCCAGCUGGUGCCUGUUCCCAUGGAGACGUGCACUACUGAGGACAUUAAAGAGGCGUUCAUGGUGCAGGCUCAGGAGCAGCAAAUGGAGCUGAUGGAGAUACCAGAACACACCGACCUCAAACAGAUCGCUCCACCGGGGACGCCGUAUUUCUACGUGGAGUUGGACACGGGAGAGAAGCUGUUUUACCGCAUUAGGAAGAGCUUCCCUUUACAGUUUGGCAGGGAGGUCCUGGCUAGUGAGGCAGUCUUGAACAUGCCAACACGCUUGGAUUGGAGAGAGUGUAAAGGCAGCAGAGAGGAAGAGGAAGCUCUGACCAAACAGUUUCGCACUGACUUCCAGCCCUACGACUUCACCAUGGAUGACUGAGGAAUUGUUUUUCUCCUCUUACACACACGUAAUUCAGUCUCGUGUCUCUUUUACGAUACACACUUUUUCCAUAUUUUUAAAAAAGGUUUUUAAACAGAUAUUAACAGAGCUCUAUGUUCUUACUACUUUCUCUGAUCGUCAGAAACUAAAGUUUUCCAAGGACACGACUUUACCUGUCUUACUUUUUUCCCCAAGGGAUUUCUGUUAAUAAAUAUUGUACAGUCAAGAUUUUUUUUUUUAAUCCAACAGUUGCUCAUUAAAAUAGUUUUUGAACUGUUUGCACUCAGUUUAUUUAGGUGUCAGUGCGUGCUUUGUGAUAGUUUUAUAGAAUAGGGUUGUAGAUGCUCUUCGUUUGAGCUACAGAGGUUAAAAUAUUUCUAAACUGUGUAAAUUUAAAAUAGUUAAAAAAAAAAAAGAAACCAGGAUAAAUGAUGUCUGAUCUUUUUCUACCUGUAGUGUGAUCUAGGAACCAACACACCUCAAGUGAAAAACAACUAGAAGCAUUUUAGGAAGAAAAAAACGUACAGUAACAUUGUCAUACAAGUAUGUGGAUGUUCUUAUAAUGGUGCCUGUGCUCAAAAUGAACCCAUCACAUGUUUUGUGAAUAUGUAAAAGGUUAGUUUGUGGUGUUGUAACCAAAGAGGACUUCUUUCAAAAAGAAAUAAAUUAUAUUCUAUUUAUAA